AACUUCUCGUGUAUAUCUUUAUUUUUGUCAGAUUUGGAAUACCCUGUUUGCUCUGUGUAAAUACAUAUUUGGUAUUAAUUCAUUGUUAAUUACAGAAUACUGUGUCUUUAUUCGAUACUGUAUUUGAUAUCAAUUACUCAGAUAUAGGAAAAGCUUUAUCAAGACGUGUUUGCUGACCAUGACCUUCCUGACUAUCAAAAUAUAAAAUCCCAGCCAUCACGAAAGCUAUUAUAUAUGACACAAACUGUUAAUAAGAAUAUUAAAGGAACAUUAGAAGAAACGAGAAAGGAGAGAGAAAGAGCAAUCUUCAAAUUUCAUAUUUUCGUGAUGAAGGUCAAUGUUGUCAUUUAAAUGGUACUGAUACAGAUCACAAUUUCUUCUGUCUAAAGGCAGCAGGACUCUCGCAUCGACUGGGGUCAAAGCCGGGACCCUAAUAAAGAAGGGUUUUUCCCCUUCCAGAUUUUUCAAUCGCGAUUGUUAGACAUCCCCCUAACUCUUCGGGUCGAGCGACUGACGACUGCGUGCCACGUGAUGUUAGUUUAGAACGACGCGACGCUCAAUGUUGGCUCAGUGCCCGCGCAGACGUCGUCGUGGCCAGUCUUUUUCUCCGCCGUUCCGUUGCCUGCGGACCUGUGUGUGAAUUUGUGAACAGGAGCAAGGUGAAAAAUCCGGUCACGUGCGUGACCGAAGGAAGAAUCAAGUAGAUGUGCCCGAAGCGUCAUUUGGAUCCAAGUUCGUCAAGUUGAUCUUGUCAAUCACCAAUGCGCACACGUUUUUUUCUACCCCGGCAACAAUAAACGGAAAGCGAAGAAACAAUUUUUUACUAACAAAGAAAGGAAACACUCAAUAUAAUUGCUACUUAAAAAGAUUAGAUUCACGGACACGUAGAAACUGUAAGAAGAUACUUGAAAAAUUUAAAUCUCAGAUUAAGAAGCGAGCGACAGAUGUUCACACAAGUAUCGAUGACUGAUACGUUACUUUUCAAAAGGAUUUCAUUGAGUAUUCGUGAUAAGAUUGGCAUCGAUCGAUCGUGGGAAGUGGCGAUAUUUGCUGAUAGAACGAGAUACGUGAAGUGUCAAUUCAAUCUGACUACGAUUUCGUGAAGGGAUCAUCAAUUAUACUGGGUGACUGAUAAUCUACGCGUGUCAAGGAAAUAAUUUUUAUACUGUCUAUAACUUAUGACAAUCGAAGAAAAAAAAUACCGUAGAUUGUUAAAAAGUGAAGAAAGUUUUCUUUCAUUCAAAAGAGAGAAGCGAUUAUUUAACGCCACACGAAAACGUUGAAGUAUUUAUAAUAAUUAAUAAACCGGAUAAACUAAUUAAUCGUUUUCAACUGCGGAAGUGACAAAUUGUGGGGAGUUAAUGCCACGUAUAAAGCACGAUGGAUUCAUCGAAAGUCAACUCGAAGCCGAAUCCGCGGGAGAAAGCGAACAUCGUGUCGGUGCUGCUUUGGUGGUGGACCAUCAGUUUGUUCAAGACAGGAUAUAAGAAAACUUUAGAACCAGAGGACUUAUUCGAUCCCUUGAAAGUCGAUCGAUCGAAUCUGCUCGGAGAUCGAUUAGAAAAACGAUGGCUCAUCGAACUAGAAAAUUCGAAAAAAAAGAAACGCAAACCGAGUUUAUUGAAGACUAUUUUCCGCACAUUCUUAUGGGAGUAUUCCAUGCUGGGAAUAGUACAAAUUUUUAAUGAAUUUGUGAUAAGAUUGGGUAUGCCAUUGCUAUUGGGUGGUCUCCUACGCUACUUCCGGAAAGAUUCAGUGGAGCUAUACGAGAGUGCUUUGUGGUACGGAGCUGGUAUCUGCGUCGCGACUGGCAUGUAUGUGAUAAGCGGCAAUCAAACGAUCUUCGGCGCUUUUCAUGUGGGCGCUAAAGUUCGCGUGGCCGUAUGCUCUGUGAUAUACAGAAAGGCGCUGCGUCUAAGCAAAACCGCACUAGGCGAAACAGCACCCGGAAAAGUGGUUAAUCUAGUGGCCAACGAUGUCAACAGGUUCGACCUCGUCACUAUCUUUAUUCAUCACAUGUGGUCGGCACCUAUCUCCGCUCUGAUCGUGGCUUAUAUUCUCUAUUUGGAAGUCAGCUAUGCCGGUCUCAUCGGCAUCGCCGCUAUUUUUGUGGUUGUGCCGCUUCAAUCUUAUACUGGCAAGCUAUCGUCGAAAUUUCGUCUUCAGACCGCCAUUAAGACGGACGAGCGGGUCCGGCUGAUGGAUGAAAUUAUUUCCGGGGUGCAGGUGAUCAAGAUGUACGCAUGGGAGAAGCCGUUCUGCGCCAUGGUCGAGCUGGCGCGUAAGCUCGAGCUUCGAGUGGUCACCAAGACAUCGUACCUACGCGGCAUCUAUAUGACCUUUAAUCUCUUCACAACGCGGAUGGCGCUUUAUUGCACGCUUCUUGCCAUGUUGCUGUUCCGCGACGACCUGACUGCUGACAAGAUCUUUGUUGUAUCGUCCUACUUUAAUAUCCUCGCGCACACCAUGGCCGGCAUGUUCGUGCGCGGUUUCGCCGAGUUGGCCGAGUGCAUGGUAGCCAUACGUAGGCUUCAGGGUUUUCUCAUGUUUGACGAGUUUCAAGGUAGUAAUAUUGCCAAAGUGUCCCCUGAUCACGUUAAUUCAGAUGUCAAGCGGAUUUCCAGACCGGAUUUGCCCUACAUUGAUGAUGAUGUCGCAGAUAAUCAUUUUGAGUCAGAUAGAGAGAAUCCGGAUGAGAACAGCGAUUAUAAAAAGCACAACGGUCUGAUGGUCGUCGCCAGCGACUUGCUGAAAGACACCGCUAAUUAUGUUGGAGAAAAGAAGUCACUCACAUACGACACGAAAAACUCAGCCAUCAAUAUGAUCAACAUUACUGCCAAGUGGGAAGAGGGACAAUCGGAGAAUACCCUGGAGAAUGUGAAUCUGGCAAUAGAAAAGGGCAAGCUAUAUGCGGUGAUCGGUAUGGUGGGCAGUGGUAAGAGCUCGUUCCUAUCCGCGAUUCUGGGAGAGAUUAGCCUGACGCAAGGUGAGGUGCAGGUCAAUGGCAGUGUCAGCUACGCCGGUCAAGAGGCCUGGGUCUUUGGUGCUACCGUCCGACAAAAUAUACUCUUCGGUCAGUCUUACGAGCGCAAACGAUAUCAAAAGGUGGUUAAAGCUUGCGCUCUGGAACGUGACUUCAAACAGUUUCCGCAGGGCGAUCAGACCGUUGUAGGUGAACGGGGCAGCUCGUUAUCCGGUGGUCAGAAAGCUAGGAUUAACUUGGCCAGAGCUCUGUACAGACAGUCGGAUAUCUAUUUGCUGGAUGAUCCUUUGAGCGCGGUCGAUGCACACGUCAGCAAGCACCUGUUUCACGAAUGCAUUCAGAGAUACUUACAUGGUAAAACGAGAAUCUUAGCGACGCAUCAGCUGCAAUAUAUAAAAGGAGUGGACGCCAUUAUACUGCUCGAGCAGGGAAAAAUAAAGUAUUUUUCACAUUACCAAGAUUUACUGGAAUAUCGGCCCGAAUACUCUGUACUCUUGGCAACGGAGAAUGAAACGAUCGACGACUCGUCCUUAGAAAAAAGUAUAAACAUACGUCGACAGUUUUCCUCUUCGAGUAACAGAAGUCGAACUCCAGAACUUAGCAGCGGUGGCACUGAUGACGAAGAGGAAGAUGAAGAUCCCGAAAAAUUGAAUGACGGUCUUGAAGCAACAUCGCGCGGCGCGGUUAAGGGUCCUAUAUUUAUCAAGUUUUUCCAAAUCGGUGCCAACUUAUCAAUGGCCUUUAUUACUGUACUUCUGUUCAUCAUCACGCAAUUUAUCGUCAGUACCAGCGACUACUUCGUGCCUUUCUUAGUCAAUUUUGUAGAAGCACAAAACUUCCAAGCCAAGCAACUUAGCUUGAAUCAAACGGACGAUGUCAUGAACAUAACAAAUAUACACGAACACGAUCCCAUCGAAGAUCCAACGGUGAUUACGUACGUUUACAUCUACACUGGUAUCGUGCUUGCCAUCUUUGUAGUUGGCAUCACCAGAUCGCUCGUCUUUUACAAGACGUGCAUGACGUGCAGCCAGCGUCUGCACGAUAUGAUGUUCAGUGCAUUAAUUCGUACGGGAAUGCGAUUCUUUGAUACCAAUCCGAGCGGUAGAAUCCUCAAUAGAUUCUCUAAAGACAUGGGCGCGAUUGACGAAUUAUUGCCCAAAGCGAUGCUGGAUGCCGGCCAGAUGAAUAUGAUGAUGGCCGGAUCGCUGGUAGUGACCUGCGUGGUCAAUCCUAUUUUUAUAAUACCCAUUGUGGUCAUUGGUGGGAUAUUCUACUGGAUCCGCAAAGUGUACCUCAAGACUAGCAAGAAUAUCAAACGACUAGAAGGAAUAUCACGAUCGCCGGUGUUCACUCAUUUGAACGCUACAUUGAACGGUUUAACAACCAUUAGAGCGUACCGCGCUCAAGACAUACUCAAAUUUGAAUUCGAUAAGCUGCAAGACGUACAUACAUCUACCACUUACAUGUAUAUCGUGACUAGUACGGCAUUUGGAUUUUUCUUGGAUAUGUUCUGCUUCUUCUUUACAUCCAUUGUCACCUUUAGCUUCUUGCUACUCAAUCAAUCGUUUUCUGGUGGCGAGGUGGGUUUGGCCAUCACUCAGGUAAUGGCAAUGACCGGGAUAAUCCAAUGGGGAAUGCGACAGAGUGCGGAGGUAGCCAACCAGAUGAUGGGAGUGGAACGUGUACUCGAAUACAUCCAGCUCUCAGCAGAACCGAAUCUAAGAGAUUGUGGGAUGUACGUAAAGAAGAAGGAGAGAAAUUUACAACAGCCGAAAAGCGCCCCUAAAAACUGGCCUGAUAAAGGUUGUAUCAAGUUUAAUAAAGUCUUCAUGCGCUACUCGGACGAAGAUUUGCCUGUCCUCAAGAACUUAAACCUGGUGAUCUAUCCUGGGGAAAAGAUUGGUGUCGUGGGAAGAACAGGCGCCGGGAAAUCGUCGUUGAUAUCAGCGCUAUUCCGUUUGGCAAAGGUAGAGGGAAUUAUCUAUAUUGAUGGCGAGGACACGGGUUUGAUAGCCUUGGAGGAUCUGCGACGUAAAAUAUCCAUCAUUCCCCAAGAUCCCGUUUUGUUCUCAGGUACUCUGAGACGUAAUCUAGAUCCUUUCAACGAGUUUCCCGACACGGAUUUGUGGGAGGCACUUGAAGAGGUUGAGUUAAAGGAAGCGGUUGUUAUUAACGGAAACGGCUUGGAAAGCCGCGUGUUCGACAGAGGCAGCAAUUUCAGCGUUGGACAGAGACAACUAGUGUGUUUAGCGAGAGCUAUCCUAAGAAACAAUCGUAUACUAAUGCUGGACGAAGCGACUGCGAAUGUAGAUCCGCAUACCGACGCAUUGAUUCAACGGACUAUCAGAAAGAAAUUCGCCACGUGUACGAUGCUCACAGUGGCACAUCGACUGAACACCAUAAUGGACAGCGACAAAGUUCUGGUGAUGGACAAGGGACGUAUGGCUGAAUACGACCACCCUCAUAUAUUGUUGCAAAAUAACUACAGUCAGUUUACUUCUUUAGUAAAAGAGACUGGCCCAGGCAUGUACGAUCAACUGGCCAAAGUAGCAAAACAGGCCUAUAUAAACAAGUAUGGAAAAACGUGACGAAGCAUUGAUGAAUUUUGAUAUACCAAUCUGUUUUCGUUAGUUAGAAUUUUUCUAAGUAAAAGCGAAUUACUUAAUAUGCCCAGUAUAUUUAUAAUGUAGAAAAAAUUACGUAUAGACCGUAUAAAAUGGCACGUGCAGGCGAAUGUUAUUUUUCUAUAAGAUGUAAAAGGGGAUAUAUUGUUGUCUUCCUUCGGGAUGUUAUAGACAUAUUUUUCUAAAUAUUAUCGUUAAGUGUAACAUGCGUAUAAAGAAUCAUAUUUUUGUAUCGUUUUUAAUAAAAUUAUCGCGGCCAGAUCAUUUCUUGAUCUCUCUGUAAUAUAUAGUACAAGUUUUUGCCACGAAUUAAGUACCGCGCGCAGUAACGUUAUAUUUUUUCUACUCUUUUUGCAUACUACAGAAAUUACGGUGUACAUAGUUGUGAUAAAGUGGAAACGUACAUUAAUAAUCGAUAAAUUGAGAUAGAAGUGAAGCGUAAUUUAGCCUAAAUAGGAAGUUGUAGCUAAGAUGUGAUAUUUGCGCACAAUUAACUAAACUUAAGCUGUAAUUUUUACUUAGGUCCAUCCAUUUACUAAUAUCAUAAUGCGGCAAAAGACUAUAAAAACCUUGAAAAAUUUGGGAGGUUGAAACUGCAGUAUAAUUUUUAUUUAAUUUUAUAAAAUUAAAUAAAAUGUAUGUUGUACUUUUAUAUUACAUAUAAAAAUUUUACAAAAUAUAUUUAUAUAUAAAUUUUCAAUCUCUACCAAUAUUCAUUAUACGUGCUUCGAGUCGAAAAGAUCUUAUAAAAACUAGAAAAAAUCUUAGAGUUUAAAAUUGCAAUACAAUCUCUUUAUUGAAUAAAUAUGUAUUUUAUGAAAGUAAAUUAAAAUUAUAUAUAAAUCUAGGAUAAUAUAUUUAUAUAUAAAUUUAAUUUAUGUUUGUGCAUAUAUGUAUUUAUAAGUAAUAUAUAAUAAUAUACAUAUAGUAAUACUGAUAUACAUAUACUGGUAAUAGAUUAUACUGAAUAUAGUAAUGAUAUUAAACAUAUUGAUUUUGAAUUUAUUUUCAAUUAUCUUAUAUUUUUUCUGUGACCCUAAAAACAGCUUUAAGAUUCGUAUAAUUAAUGUGUAGCAUUAAUAUGAAUAUAGUUUACUCAGUAUGAAUAUAUUAAUUUUAAUAUACAAAUUAACAUGUACGAAUGAAUAUACUCCAAUUUAACUCAAAUACCUAACAAUUUAUUAUUUGAGUUUUACUUAUCGUAUUUAAUUCUUGUUAUAAUACAUAUGUAAAUGCAGGAAGCACUCAUUUUGUAUGCUGCAUUUAUCAAUGCGCAAAUGUGUACAUUAUAUAUCUACUAUAAAAGUACGUAAAAUUUAUAUUAUAAUAGUUACGAAGAAAAUAUAGUACAGGAUGUGAUGUAUGUAAUAUAAUAUAAUCAUGUAAUGGAAUAACAUUAUGUAUCUUGUCACUUUCAACAACAUUAUUAUGUAAGUAAUAUAUUAUAACAUAUUAUGUAAAAGCAUAUUUUUGAUAAUAAUUAAUUUUGCUAAUAUGCUAUUAAUAUAUGAUAUACUUGUAAAUAUAUAUAUUAUACAUAUAUAUAUAUAAUAUGUAUAUAAACUAUAUUAUAUAUUAGUAGCGUAAUGUUACGAUAUAGGAGACAUAUACUUGGUUGAUAUACAUAUAGAACUAUAGAAUUAUAUUCGAGCAUUACGUGUAAAUUUACGAAAAUAUAUAUUUUAUAAUGACUUUUCAUAUUCGAUAGGAUUAGUUUCAGAAUCAUCUUUACAGCUACUUAAUUACUAAACUAAAAACAAACGUCUUUCAUGUUUUUGUGGUCAAUUACGUAUUGUUGUGUUAUAUUGUCAAAUAUUUACGACAUUUGAUGUCCCGGUAAAAAAUUGUGUAUGCAAGAACAUACCCAGAUAGUCAAGCGUGAUUAAGCAUUUUGAAGAAACUAAUGCACAAAACGUGUUGCUAGAUAUUUACUGCAUAUUUGCUGACAUCGAAGUAGAACACGUUACGAAUACAGCAAUAUAUCUGCUUAUACAUGCAAACAGUUGGCGAAAUUUUCCAAGCAAAUGGUUUGCAAUACUCGUAUGUUAUGUUGUCACAAUAUGAUGGCAAUGAAUGAUUCAAUCGAAUAAAUGAUUAUAUCUUGAGCAUCAUGAUGCAAACAUGACAGCAACAACACAUAUAUUAUAUAAUAAUUUGCAUCUGUUAUUGCAUAUAUGCCUUCAAACUAUGAAGUUUUUUAAUUGUAGCUUAUUGUUUACAAAUUGUUGACAAUAUGAACUUGUCACACAUUUAUGACUUUUCAAUAAAAAGAUGUCUAUAUUUUUAAAA